UCUCUCCCGCCCGGCGACGCAGAGAGCUCCGCCGUCGUCGAUACCGCGCGCCGCGCAUCGGCCGGGCUCACCGCCGCGCGGUUUCUUUUCCAUCUUUGCUUGUGUUGGUGUGCGUACGAAGUUGUCGCACACGGCAGGCCCAUGAUUAACACCUUCUGGAAUCUGUGCCGCGCCUGCCCUAUACCGGCAGAGAGCAAGUUGCACGCUGAGUACAAGAGGAGCUUUGCGUGCCAGCCGGGGCUUCUAGAACCAGCAGGAAAUGUUGUCGUGAAGCCGCCAGAUGCAACUUCACUGGAACCAGCACUCUCAAGGAAGAAGAAGCACCCGGAGGUAGCAUAUCGAACGAGCGACAUCUUGGGCACCGACGGGAGUCAACACCAGGCGGCAGCGACAGGAUCGGCGGACGCACUUCACCGUGACGGCAACGACCACUGCUACAGGGCAAGGCCGGGGGAGCGGUCGAACAAAUCCAAGGUGGGUUCCCGAAGCAGAUCUGCAGACCCCAGCCUUGGCCGUGGCAGGCCUGUCAUGAGCAAAGAAGAGUGUUGUGCAGAAGGCCCCAUGAAUGGGGUUUGUGAUGGCGCCAGCCCAGAGAGCCACGGUGAUGAGGCUCCUUGUAAGACAAGCGAGUACAGGGCUGCCUUUGCCUGGCCACCGAAGCCUUCUCUGCCUCCAGCCACCAGAGAUGUCGUCGAUGGUCCACACCGAGCUGAGCCGAUGGAGAGGUUGUUGCCUCGAGAUGACACCUCCCAUGAAGUCAAAAAAACGACCAAGAGAACAGAGUACAAGGCAAAGUACAAGCCUUUCUCAUCGUACAUGUACAUCGAUGGCAGCUGGAAAAAGCCAAAGGCCACCGCAUCGGAGGCUCCUCCUGUGGUGGACCCAAAUCAGUGGUACACGGAGGUGGUGGAGCGGCUGCACAUGGCCGACGAAUACCGCAUUCGGUCACGUGCCGGUGCGCUGCAGACGGCGGGGCCAACUGCGUCACACGGGACAACACUGUGGGCCAAACUGGACUCCAGUGCCAGCCUCGCUGCCUUGGCUCUCGCUCACACGCCCAGGCUAGGCUCUGCAAGGAUGCCUCCCCGGGAACGAUUUGCUCCAGCUUCUAUCCCUCGAUCUCAGUCUGCUAAGAGGAGAGAGAAGACAGAUGCUGAGGCUAGCCGCACCACUGAUACUUCCGAGAAGAAAAGCCCCACAAAGGCAGUGUCUCCAGUCAAGGCCGAAGGAAAUCAACGCAAGGCUUCUCCAGCAGCCAAGACUGCUGCCGCAACUCGGCAAAAACAGACGUCACCGAAAGCACCAGCAAAGCAUGAUGACGACGGAGCAAAGACACCUGCUUCGUCACGAACCAGAGCUGCUUCAUCACCACCCCAAAGGCGCACACCAUUGGCCGAGGCUGACAAGAAGGAUGACAAGAAGACAGGGCCUUCAAGACCCCGGCGUCCACUACAAGAGAGCGCGGCACCCCCUGCUGCGAAACCUCGGGCUGUGGUCCGGCCAGCGUCGGCUGCUGUCAAUGAGCAAGAUGGCAAGAUCUGGCUCAAACCACAGGGCAAGCCGGAGGGUGAGGAAACAGUCGGCAAGGAGCACGAAGGGACAGGCAAGGCGGAGGAUGCUGGCGGUGGUGAGGAUGGUGUGCUGGUGCCCCCGGCAACGACACCGGCCGAGAGUGUGGAGGCAGCCACUCCCGGGUCUGGCUCGGAGCGCAAGUCGGAUGCGGUGCGCCCCAGCAGCCUGCCGCCCAUGAAUGGCUCCAGUGCCAGCUCUUCGGCCCUGGCUUCGGCCGACAUGGCCAGCCCAUCGCCACUGCCAGAGCCCCAGUCCGGGCCCGUGCCAUUAACAACAGUAAAAUCACCGGAGGAGGUGACAGGGGUGAAGUCACCUGACCCUGAAACUUGGACGGUUCCUCUGGACACUGGCAGGGGCCUCGAAUGGACUGAUGGCCAGUCACCAGCUGGUGACUGGCCAGGGAAGGCUAAGAGCACCGCUGCACCCAUUAUAGACACUGCCCCAAAGCCAACGCCUGCACCAAAAAUGGAGUCUACCAUUCCUGAAGGCAAGGUGGACCCGAUACCUAAGGCAGGCUCCGAAGAAUCCCCCCACAAGGCAGCUUCGGAGGAUCCGGUCAAACCGCAGCCGGCUGGUCAGGCGGGCGUGGAUGUCCUCGACAAGGCCCGAAAUCGCCUCGAAGAGUUCUGGGUCACGGGAAAGUGAGACAGCGAAAUGUGCCGGGAAUUCCACCUCCAGAGGCACGGUUGCCUCCCUGUGGGGUGAGAGCGCGAAGAAAGGAAAGCUGCGCAGCACAGCCAGAUGUGCACACAGGGAAGCCGGGUUUGGUUUCCAAGACGGACGUUCUUGGGUAGCCUGCUUAGCCUAGCUUUGUCUUCCGUCAGUUUCUCUCCAAUCCUCCCCUUUCUUUGUGUCUGUGUUCUUUUGAAUAGCUUUGCCUUACCACUAGGGCCAUGCAUUCUAAUAUUAUCAAAAUGGGAGGCACAUCACACUGGUGACACAGGCAUUGCCAAUGCUCUAGAAAAAGUUUGAGGCAUAUCUUGUCCCCAAACAAUGAUCAUCACCUGUCUUGCUUGCAUUUCCUUUCUUGAAAACUCUGCACUUGCAACUUUCCUGCCACUAAUGCUGUGUCAUGUUGAUAACAUGCAUGCCGUUUGCAAUGUGAAAGUACCCAGUACGCAGCGUUAAAGGAAGGAAAGGCAUGCAACAUAGAUGACUAUUGUUGUUUGGAGACAAGAUAGACCCCAAAGGGUACAUACUUAGGGCGUAUCAAAGCAUGCAGAUUAUGGGCAGGAGCGAGUGAAGGGGCGACCUGUGUAUGUGAUAUGUAUGUCCUAUUGAACGCUCCUGAUGACCGCUGCCUAUGUGAGCUCCUGUCAAGGGAGGCACUAGGAAUAAUGAAACAGAUACUUUGGAGCCACUGGUAAAUCCAUGCAAAAAAGAGAGGAGAGGUCCAAGAGAGGAGGAAAAAGGCAAGUCAAGGGUACUGAGAGGGCACAAGCUUGCGAGCUGACUUUGUUUCCAAGAAAUGGUUGUUAAUGCUUUCAUGCUGCUGUUCACUGUUCUGUUUUCUUGUACAGCAGUAGUCUUGUCACAGGUCACUUACUUUUUUCUCUUCAUGUGUGAAAGUGCCGGCUCGCAUAGUUGAUCUCUUGCAAUGCUGCAUUUUGUUCUUGAGAGUCUCUGCUCUCGUCAAAACUCGCUCACCGCCUUUCUGAAGUAAGACUGAUCAUUUCCUCUAGCACCGAAUUCAGCAAAGCUGACGUGGUACAUUGUUAUGUUGUCACUGUCAUGCACUCGCCGAGAGCGAAACUAGACUGCCCGGUUGCAAGAUGUGCAAGCUUGGGGCGUUUGCAUUAAGCUGCUCUGCGUGUUUUGCAAGAAAGCAUAAAAUGCAAGAAAAAAAGAAAAGACCCUCAGACAUUCAUCUAUCGGGUCAUCAUUUCCAGUGCUUUUAAAUGUGAUCAAUUGGAACCUGCAUCACCUUUGUCUCCUUUUGUAGAAGGCAGCUGUAAAGCAGAUGCAUAAAAUGCCCAAUUUUCAUUGAUAAACACAUCUAGUCUCUCUUCAUUGCUUUGUUGUUUGUGCUGUGCUUAAAAACUUCUUUUCGUUUUGUGCAAAUGUCUGGCACCUAUCUGUUCCUUGCGCACAGCAACACGUGAAGGAGAGCGCACAGUUUAUAUCUGCAAUGUAGCCUAUAGUUUCUGUAGCAUUAAGAGUGCUCGUGAAACUCUUCUGGCUGUAUUUAUUACAGGUUGUAUGUUAAGCGUGUUAUGUUAAUCAUCAUGCCAACUAUGAAGUUUGGUUGGGGUGUUAUUGCGUUUUUGUGCAGCUAUUUAAAUCAGCUUGCCUCAACCACAAACACUCGUACAAGUUAUCUCUUGAAUCCUCUUUAUUAUAAUUAAACAGAAAACUUGGUCCUUAACAUAGUUGACUUCUGGUUUAAAUCAAAUAGAAUCGUCAUGUGUAUAUUGGUAAAGGGGUGCCUGCUGACCAUUACAGCACAUGCUUUUCUUAAGUUGACGAUAAAGUGCCGACAAAGUGCUGUUUGAUUGUUGUCAAGUUGAUUGUACACCGGGAAUAAUAUAAAAUGGAGAGUUAAUCUCAGUUUACCACAGCUACAGCUGUGGUAAAAUGACCGACCACUUAGUUUUAGUAUUCAUUAUAAAUAAUUAAUUUAAUGUAACUGAUAUUUUGCCAUCUAAAAUAGGAAAGGAUCAAGUGGUGUUAUCUAUAGUGUUAUACUUUAUAUUCGUCUUGAAAGCAUACAUUACAUUGAAACAAGUUUUAUGUGUAUUUUACCUCGUAGUUUGCACUUCUAAUUUACGAAUUGCUGUUUUACAUUGUAUAAGAUGUUCCCUACUGUAGUGUAUUUAAGUCUAUGUUACUUUUUGAGAGAAUUUUUUUAUAACUUGGGUAAUGUCUUGACUAUAAUGCUACGGCAUUAGUGUAACGCAGCCUUUGAGCUUAGGAUCGGUGCUUUUAUGUGCGCAAACAUUAAUGGUUGUACCUUAUUCUUUUUUUCUUUCUUCGAGACAAUAUGCGACUUCUCUGCUGAUAUUUUGAUGACUCUCAUUAAGUCUGCAUGUGCAUCACUCUGUUCAGCCUGCUUGUUGCAGUAUCUAGUAAGUCAUAAACUGUAAUAAGUUUAAAAAGUACAUCAUUGUACAUGGGUUGAUUUUGCACAGCUUUAAUGUGCUGCGUAGUACACAAAUCCCAUUGCUACAGCAAACUAAUUAUUGAUACAUUGUGUCAUAGUAAGAGGGCUGCACUGUACAACAAACGUUUAAAUAUCAACAAUUUUGUACUCUGCUACAAAUCUGUAUUCAUGAAUUCGUACAGAGAGAAAUAUGAGCGAAAAUACAUUGUCAUUUAUGAUGCAUAUGUUCUUACCAACAUCUUUUUAACAAAAAUAUUUCAAUCUGUUAAAUGCCUUGCUUUCUCACAGCUGAAAAUGGUUCUUGUGUUGACAGUACACACUGUGUGAAUUCAUAUCCUAGGCUAUUUGGAAGCUUAGCCUGACACAGUGUGUUGAGCUGAUUAAAAACAGUAGGUAAAAUGUCAAGCAGGAACUGCUUUUGUCCCUACAGCUCCUGUAAUUUGUAUUUCUUUGUGUACGCUUCAAAUUUGCACACACUUAAACAAAAAGCUUGCAGGGGUGGGCCAAUAUCCUGCUGGUUUCUUCAUUAUAAGUCGAGGGCCACUAUUUGUAAACAUGUUCGACAGUGAGGGUGCAUUGACGCUCAAAGAUACGUUGGGUGCUUUCGCAGAUAUCUGUGGGCUAAGGAAGGAUGGUAGCAAGUGGUUGGAGAGUGGAUUUAACCUGGCAGCAAUGCUCCCCAGCUUAUCACACACGCUCUAAUAUCGCAUUUUGAAAAUUUCAUGCCCCUGCCUUUUACAGUUUCUUGACACAUCAUAGAUGUUUCGCAUUCAUUUUGUUUUAAAACUGCUUAGCCCAGUCGUUGGCAUGCAGCUAUGGAGUGUUUUUCUUAUUUUAUUUUGAAACUGCUGACAUGUCAUUGUAAAAGUGAUUGGCUUUAUACAGGCAGUUCUUGCACACACAAGAGAUUACUUGUGGACUGCUCUGCUUGACUCAAGAACCCUGUGCACAGUGCACUUAUCAUAAACUCUAUGGUCAGCCCGAAAAUAAAGUUUGAUCACAAUGCUCUGCAACAGUUUCCUGAGCAAGUGCUACUAGGUUAUCCUUGAGUGAAGCCACCAGUGUGCAAGACAGCAUGCAAAUUGAAUCACAUCAGUCUAAUUUUGUAGACGAUCUAGUAAUGAUGUUUAUAAGGCAACUGGUCGCCUGUGGUCCUGCUCUAGUUUCACAUCUGGAUGGCUGUACACAAUUGUACAGGCAGUCCAACUGGCUGGCCUCUCAAUAGGCAUUUUGUCAUACACAAUGCCAUUGCAUAUGUACAAAUUGUUAGGCGCACUCUUUCUCGGUCUCCUACUUACGAUCGACGAUGUACCAAUGUCAAUGUGUGUUGGAAAGAACAAUGCCAAAGAAAGAAAAAGACUCCCCAUUUGCCCAUUUAGGUGUUAUGUGGGACAUGUUUGUCGGUGGAGCGCUAAGUCCAUUUGGACUUGGAACUGUUGCUAACGCAGCCCAAUGUUGUCAUUUGCUGCUCUAACACAGUAAGAGCAUGCUCUUCUCAUUAGAGCCAGAAGUAGUUGUACUGUGAGGCUUCGUUUGUGUAGUAGUAUAGUAGUCGGAGUACAGUGUGUUUUCUUUCUCUCAUUAUAGUUGGGUAUACAUUGUGUUUUAUUAUUUUGCUUGGCUUAAAUUUGUUGUCUUUUCAGAAAUUAACUUUAGCACAGAUCCCACUCUUGAGAAAACAAUGUUACUUUUGAAUUUAUGACCCCCAUCCCCACCUCCCCACUCCAAAUGUCUAGGUUAUUGUGUUGAAACAGUAACACAUAGGCAUUCUUCUAGGUGAAUGCAAACCAAGUAUAUUAAAUGAGUGUGUCUUAAAAAAUGAGAUAUUGCAGUGGUGUCUGUGAGUACUGCUUAGCAAUGCAGAGGUCUCUAUUUUUCUUGCUGAAGGAAUGCAAGCCGCGAUAAGCUGCUCUAUAUGAGCCCUUUCUCUCUUUAUUGUUUUGCGUGUAGAUUUUCAGUAUUUAUUGUUUCGCUUAUAAAUACACCAAAGAAGCAAGGUAUUACAGGGCACUUUUCCAAGCUAGUGUUUUUAUUUGUGAUACGAUUAUUUUUUCUGUCUCUAGUGGUAUUAUUAGUUGUUGCAGUGACUUUAUGUGUGAGUGGCCAUUGCGUGUGCUCUGGUGGCAUUGUGGUUUUCCAACCUGUGUCGCUGCCUGUCAGAGUUGUGAGCUAAUAGGAAUAUGAGAUUAUUUAGUCUGUAUUCUAGAAAACAUUGUUGAACCUAGAUUUAUAUUAAAAUGUUUAGAUCUUUACACACAUAAGGCAGUAUAAAAUGAAAACAGCUGUGCUUAUUAGACAUGUUUCUCCAAGAAGUGCUUGCUGUGACCAGCAAUAUUGCUAACAUCUUUCCGUAAUGUCUAACGUUAGAGUACAUUAGAACUUUCAUGCAGCUAUUAUCACAUGGUACUAGUAGCUUCCAGGAUUAGACUUGGCAUACCAAAUUGUCAUAGUGCUUAAUGAAAUACCCAGGUAGCUAAAGCAAUUUGAAUUCUAUCGUGAAGUGCAAUAUCAUGCAAAAAUUGUUAGAGUACUUAAUGGAAUACCCAGGUAGCUAAAGCAAUUUGAAUUCAAUCGUGAAGUGCAUUAUCAUGCAAAAAUUGUUACAGUGCUUAAUGAAAUAUCCAGGUAGCUAAAGCAAUUUGAAUUCUAUAGUGAAGUGCACUAUCAUAAGAAAUUAACUGAAGAACAGCAGAUCCUGGUUUUGAAGUUUCACAUUUGGGAUGUGAUAGUCCCUGAAAUUUUGGGAUGUACAUUGUGUCUCAACGUGUACAUGUGCUUAUAGCCCUUAAUAAGUUGCACUGUCCUCCUCAAAUAAGUUUCCCAAAUAUUUUUUUUUUUUUCUCCUGAAUGAACAAAGCUGAUAGAAUGUGCCAAGGUGAGAAAUAAAAGGGAGCGGCACAUUGUUCACAGAGCAUUCUGCCAAGGAGUAUGAGAGUUAAUGGUGUUGAGGAGCGAAUGGGUUUAUGUUGUUGUGAGUGGAUGUUAACAAACUAAGUGAGUGAGCUUGCAAAAGUGUGUCACAUUGCUGUGUUACGUCAUUUUGGAUAGCAGUUGCAAGACCUGUUCUGUGGCUCCUUACAUCUCUUUGCUGCUCGUGCAAAGAAGCACUCCGGCAAACGUGCAAUAUAGCUGUAGACUCGCAAUAAUUCAAACUCCAGUUCUUCUAAAUUUCAGCUGAUUGAAGCAAAUCUAAAGAUGUUGGUUGGCAUCUUCAUUCCAAAGCAUUCCAAAGCCACCUUGUUCAUCCCGAGUCAGUGAUUUCAAUUGAUGCCAACUUUCUGGUUUCCUAGUGCAGAGCAACACAGCAAAAAACAGCCAACCAGAGAACAUGUAUGAAUAGCUACAACAUCGCCACAUUCGGUUCAUAGGCGGCUGUAUAUGUGGACAGGUACCACAAAGAAGUACCUCUACUGAGCCAGUUGCCUCUAAUGCAAAUGUGUUGUACUAUAUUGUACGUUUCUGUUCUACUUCGUUCAUAUUUUUGUUCCAGUCAUGCAUCUGUUUGAGCACAACUGGGAGUGUGGCAUCUAUAUUUUUAUAACAAACCAUAAUUCUAUUUUGGGGCAUACUUCAUCCAAUUUCGAGAAGUCCAAUCUUUUGAUAAUUCAAAUGAAAAAUCUGUUGUCCCUAAGAGUUUGGAUUAAUGCGGGUUUACUAUAUUAGAUAUGUGAAAUUUGUUUUCAUUGGUAGUGGUUAAAUAUAUUUCAGGCAUUACUGGGAGAUCUGUAGAGGAGCGAGAUUGCAGAUUUUUCUGUAGGAGUCAAUAUUUUGUUGAGACCUAUUUCUGUAAAGGGAAAGGUGUAGAGAAUCUCAGUUGUUCUGCAGCAGGCACGUACAAAUUAUUCAGUGGAGUUGGUUCCUUGUAAUCUCUGUUGCUGCCUUGGUAGCCUUGGUUGCUGUUUAUGUGAAUGAGAUGUGUUUUAAUGUACCCAAUGCUGAAGAGUGUAUUAGCUGUAACUCAGGCCUCCUACCUGCCAAAAUGACAAAGCUCCAAACAGCGUGUGUUCAUAAGGAUAUGUUUGACACAAGUUUUUUACAUACAUAUUUUCUUGCUCAUUUCAGUUUGCUAGCAAGUAACAGUGUUCCAAAUUGUGCAGAAACUCGCUUGCUAUACCUAUUUCAUUGUCAUAAGUAUGCAGCUUUGAUGUGUAAUGUGAACCCACACAGCUUCCAAAGUUAUGCCUGCAGGAAUAUGUAUAAGCCCUUAAAAUAAAUAUAAUUCAAAUUAAAAAUGAUGCAGUUCCGUACAUAACGAUGCAGAUAACUCACAUGCGUAGUAGAGAAAGCAAUAUUGCAAAUUGUGUAACCCAAAUAUUGUGCUAUUUUGUCUUAGUUGUGCUUAUAGCAUAUUGAAAGAAAGAAGUUGGAGGGCCUAGGCAUGUACAAAGUGCUUUAACAUAGUUCCUAUCAUCAGGUCAGACUAUUGCACCAGUGUGAAAGUCUUCACUCUUGUGUGAAUUCUUUCUUCGUUUAGGAUAACAGCUGGGGCUGUUUUCACAGAACUUCUAAUCAUAUAUUAAGGUACUCGUCAAAAGAUGGCUGAGGUUAUGUUGUCAUAGUCUGGCACAUUGACCAGUGCAUGUGUUUAAACUAUUCCUCAGAUACCUCAAUAUCUUUGACGCAUUUAAGACACUGCUUGCUUUUGAAGUGUAGUAGCUCUUAGCUCACAGAUAUGCAAAUUUUAUUAAUAUGCUCGUACAUUGAAAAAAAAAAUAAAACAAGCAAGAAAUGUUUGGAUUCGAGUGCAGGGUUAGUACAAUGUCAAAAGAUACAGUGCAUGCCUCUUUGACGUCAAACAAUCAGAAUGAAUGACAAGCUGAGCUGUUAACAUUUUCUUGUGGGCAUUGUUUUUCAGAACCCUGUGUGUACUAUUCACACAAAGCUAUGUUCAUACACUUUGACAUAGCAGCGAGAUAUAAGUUGAUGUGCUUGGUGCUGUGGGCUUGCAAUCUACAUGCAAGUGUUACACAGGAGGCACCUUAUUGUUGCCACAAGCAUGUCACGAGUUGGAUUUUGUCCCUUCUUCGGCUAGCAUGAAAAAUAUUUCAAGUUUCUAUACGAGUAAAAGAAAAAUCUUUUAGAAGCCCUUGUGGAAUCCCAGUGGUUGCACAGUGAAGGUCAUAGUCAUCUUUCUUGCGGUGAUACAUUGAGUCCAAGCUAAAUUCUUCUAAGCUAUCUAUGUGUUGUCUUUGGAGGCUUUGCACUAAGCAAGCAUAGUAGACUACACUGGAAUUACAGCUUUAACUUUUCCUGCUGAGAAAUUUAGUCGUAUAGUCAUAAAUGCAAGUCACAAUUGUCAUACCAGCAUCUCUACAUGAUCAUUUGGUGCACUCAAGGUUUAUAAAUAAGCCUGUGAACCAGAUUUGUGCCGAUCAGCCACAUGACGUUUCUUCAAACACUGUGGGAUCUACUAGUUCAUCACACAAACCAUUUUUGUCCAUAGGGCAUUUCAUGAAAGGUACUGAAACUUAAAGAAAAGUUUUAGAAAAUAAUUGUAAUCCCAGCUUGUGUACACCGACGAAGAAAAAAAAAAAAGCUUGCUAUUGUUUAUUUUAAUGUGCAUGCAGCUGAUGCAACCUUGCAACUGAAAAAUUGAUAUUAAAGAAAGAAAAUUGGCUCUAAGUGUGCCCUUUAUUGGUUGUAAUGUUGGAACGCUAUUUGGUUCUUGCUGGCUUUAACUUGUUUAAUUAAGUAGCAGCAUGUCCUCGAUGUGCAUUUGUGAGUGCAAUUUUUGAAGUGCGAAUUGUGAUAUGUGGUGUAGUUGGGGAAAUACUACGGGAAGUUUGGAGCUUGAAGAUGUGCUUAAAUGUCGCGUUUGGAUAUCUAGUGGGGUGUAGGUUUCUUUGUGACUAUAUUACGUUUUCUGGCACAAGUGUCAUCAUCUUUUUUGUAUGUAUACACGGCUGUUAUAGUAUCAAUAAAGAAAUACUACUCAACAUC